CGCGAGCAGGAACUGAGGUGGUUCAGGCAAUCUCGGUUGACUGGACUGUUUACACCUUUCGGUCCGCGAGUGUAGAUAAUACAAUGUAGUGUAGCUUGAAAAAAACAGAUACGUUUGAUCUUUCCAAGUUUGCACUUUAAUUUUUACAUUACAAAAAAAAUCUAAAGGCUGUGAGAAAAGAUAAGUGUAAUUUGAUAAUUGGGCGAGGAACUUUCAAUAAUUUUGUCAUUCAUGAUAACUCGAAGUGAUAGAUAUUAGAUGGACUAGAUCGCUAGCGUCGCGUAUCCAUAUUUUGAACAUAAAUAGGCUACUAGGCUAUGCUGGCUAGGACGCUCGACGAAGGAAGUGAUCUAGGACGAUUGGAGUUUUUGUAACUACAACCAUAUGUCAGCUGAUCGACUCACACUUAAUUCAGUUGCGGUACUUGCGAUAGUUGCGUUUGGAAUUCGAGUUUCGAGUUGAAAAAGCGUUUCCUCACUCAUCCCGAGUCUUAAUUUAUUUAUACGUUGAUAACCAAGUGUGAUAUCCUAAUUCUCGAGUACUUUUGCUCAAUUUUGCUCAACUCAAGGAAACCUUAGAUCUUCUUCGAAAUAUUAUGGAGGAGGAUAAAGAUUUCAAAAAUAUUUGGAAAGUUUAUCGUUCAUCUGAGACAGAACGAGUUAGAUCAAAUACUUUACCUGUAUUGUUACCAUCCAAUAACCAAUCGUUGAAAAACGACACGAGCGACAAUUCACAUGCUUUAAUCAGACCAUACAGUUGCGAACUGUAUGGGAGCAACAAAGAAUUAAGCAUAAGAUUCCAAGAUAGGAUGUUGAAAGUUAACAGUGACCGUGUGAAUACAUGGAUUUUUCCACACUACAAUCAUGGUAUUGAAAACCUAAACUGGAGCAUGCAAUGUAAUUCAGGAUCGUUUAUAAGAAACACUACAUCAAUGAAAGAUCAGUUGGAAGAUAUGGAAGUUGAUUCAGCGAGUCAAUCAACAGAAGAAUAUACUAUAUGUCAACCAGAAGAGGCUGGUACAAUUAAAUCUGUUAUUUUUUCAAAGAAGACUAGUUUGCGCCCAAAAUUGAAAAUAAAAUCUGAGAAACAAAAACCUGAGAAGAGACAGGGCUCAAAUCCUGUGAACGAAGACAAUAUAACACCUACGAAAAAAUGGAAGGAUGAUGAUGUAUUAGACAAUCUCCAUCCAAUUGCUCCGUCUGAUUCUUCUGCCAUUUCUACUGCUAAUAGCUGCGACAAACGCGAAGAUUCUCAAGCUAAACGUCUACUGAAAAAGAACUUUUUCUUCUGCAAACGUUCUAUGUUUUUACUAUUAUUAUCUACGAUACUCGUGACUUUUAUCUCGGUGUACUUGUAUGAAAAUCAGGAGACUCGCAAGCAUAGCAAUGAUUUUGCGAAUGCCGUUGUUGAAUUGAAGGAACGGAUUUAUGGUCACAACAACUUGCAGAAACUCUGUGAAUAUCUUCAGAGUGAUGUACCCUCCUUCAAAGUGAUAGUCCUCUUUGGUGAUACAGGCGUCGGUAAAUCAUACACGGUAGAUAUUAUAAGAAGGAAUUUCCCGCGAAAGUAUGCUAUUCGUCAGUAUUUCCCGCCAUUGGAAGCCGUGAACGACAUCAACGUUCCUCUCUUAUAUCCGAAUCUAAUUAUCCUGGAAAAUUUGAAAAAACACGAUUUGACGGACUUUGUAAACUUUCUAGAGGCCCGUCGAGACACGUAUAAGAAUCACUUCGUGACCGUACUGGCCAUUUUCAACUUCGAAGAUUUAAAUAACCUCGAGAUACGAAUAAGAAAUCGGCUUUACGAUGCAGCCGUAAUAAAAAACGCUUUUCUCAACAAAAGUAUCGAAGUUGAAAUUUUUUUCUAUGAGUCUUUGAACGAGAAUGCUUUAGAGGGUUGCAUUAUAGAUGCGAUCAAAGAGAGCAAGUUGACGCUCAACGAAAAACAAUUUGAUCUUGUUAAAGAGAAUCUGUUGAUACAUCAGGCUGGUUGUAAAAGGGCCUACAGGUAUGUUCAGCUGAUCGGUAGGCAACAUGAAUGAAUGUAAAAAUUGAUCGAUAGAAUUCCUUAUAAAGACGAAAUGAAAAGACUGAUGAAAUCAUUAUGUAUUUUAUGACUGACAUAACAAAUAUCUGACUUCGACGCGCAUUUUUUUGUAUAUAUACUUUAUGUAAUUGUUUCAAUUACUAUAUGAGUACUUUCCAAUUGCUUAACACAAAUGUACACAUAUUUUAACACAAAUGUACACAGGAGUAAAAUGUAGCAUUGUGACGACUCAAUUAGAACAAAUGCGUCGCUGUACAUGAUUUAAGUAUAAAAUUAGGUUAAAGAUAAUUUUUUUCACCUGUAUUGAAUGAAGGCCAUUAUCUUCCAAUCUUAUUUAGUGAUUAGUAAUAUGUAAUUGUCACAAAAAUACAAGCUUACAUAAUCGACUAGUAGCUUUUGGACUGAGUACAGAUAUGUGUCAAUGACGAUAAUUAGAACUUUGUGUCGCCGUGUUCACGAAAGUGUGUAGUGAUUUUACAAUUGGAAAGCACUUUAUGUAUUGUGAUAAUCUUAAGACCUAAUAAGUAGUUCUUAUUGAGCGAAUAUAUUUUCUGAAUGUAAAUAUUUUUUAAAACGCAUUUUCGCUUUGAUUAAUUAAAUGAUUGUCGACCUUCUCGCCGAUUUUUCGUUAAAGGACAAUUUUGAUAAUUUAUGGAAAGAGAUCGAGCAGCCAAUUUCAUUAGUGAAAGCCAGCUUGGACACGAAUAUGACGUUCACGGUCUAUGGACUUGAACGCAUGAUGAAAUUUUCAUGUGCAUUACUUCCGGAUUGUGAAUAUUGAAGAUUCGAGCAGUAAUUUUUGCAGGCGAUAUCGAAUCACUUACGUUCGAUGAAACGCGUAAUCUACUCGUAGUUUCGCACGAUUGAGCGAACUCAUAUGGUUUAAGAUUUCCAAUACACGACAUAUACGACAUAUAAAAUGUCGCGGACUUUGAAACUUUCUUUCUGUAUUGCAUUUGGACUCAUAAUAAUUUGUAAGCGAUAUUACGUAUGUUAACUAAUGACACAUUAUACCCAAAGUAUGAAUGUUACGUUAUUACUACUGAUCACUCUUGUGCAAUCAAAAAGUCGCUCGAUUGUAUUUCUAGGUAGGUAAGUAAAAUUUUUCCAAGAUGUGAAAGAAAGAAUUUCUUAUCGAUUACAUAAAAUAGUCGUGCGGUCGAGUUGCCGCUAUGAAUGUUUCGAAGCAUUAUUCGAUUGGUCAAUUAGUAAAAUUCUUUCUUCCGAAUGGUCAAUCAAAUGCUUCAAAGCAUUCGUAGUGGCAACUCGACCGCACCCAUAGACAUCAUUCUAUCUCUACUUAGGAAUAAGUGAGGGAAGAAUUAAGUGUCAAAUCUUGAAAAAGAUUAUUAAGAAUAUUUUAUUUUUAAGUUACAAAUUUGAUGAUGAUGAGUCAGAAUGUGGUCAGAAUUGCAGUCAGUGCCUUUAAUUAACUAUUCUCAUCUUAGGAUAGACGUCUUUUAGAGGUACAUUAAACUUGCUACUUGUAUUUUUGGGAACUAUUUUGCUCAAUCUAUUUAUAUUUCAAUUUAUAGUAAUUAGAUUAUGUAGAUUUACAUUAUGGACAAAUUAUAGAGUUUUCGUUUUAUACUUAUGACUUUUAAAUAUUAAUUUAUGAAAAAUAAAUAAUUCAACUAGAACAUUGAUUAUACAUAUAGC